GGUAUUUUUUAGCUGUGACUUUACUUCACUGAAGUAACAAGCUCAUCUGCUGCUGUCCUUUGGCAAUCCAUUUCUACGUGACACAGGCCACAUGACUGAAUGUCCAAAUGGUCCAGAGUUCACAGGUAAUGGCCACUAAAAGAAGACUUCCUUUGUCUAUCAUGGUGCUACUGAAAGUCCUCUGGGGCUGACAGAUGCCUCUCCAGAAGGUUAAUAAGAUGAAGGAAGCUCUUCCAGCUGGACCAUAAGAGGGAUUAUGUCUGAGCAGCAGAUAAACCGCUUAUUCCAGAAACAGACACUGCUUUUUUUUUUGUUGUUUAAACUUCGUCACUCUUCUCAGAAUUCUCGUUCCAGUCCUACUUUCGUUCUCUUCAGGUUAGAGGUGUGGGCUUCACAGUUUGUUCGGCAUCCGUAUUGUGCCAAUUUCGCUACACACUGGAACAGUCUAAGUAAUUCAAUUUUGGAACAUAUCUUUCAAAGCUGGUCAGAAGUUUGGGGAUUUUGCUCCCUUAAAAUAGAAUCUCUAUUCAGUCCAGCCUAACUUCUUUUUCUGCAUGACUACCCUUGACAAUUGUGAAUGAUAAAAAGCAGCAUGAAUUUGAAAACUGGAUUAAUAUUCCUUAUCAUAUGCCUUGCACUCCAAGUUCAAGGAAGCAAAGAAAUCCCUAAUAAGAUUAAUCGUGGUGAAACCAAACAUCUUGCAGAUGCUAUUGGAUCAGAGAAAUCAGAAAGGACAACGAAGAGGUCAAGAAUCUCAACCAUUCGAAGAAUAUUUGAUAUGGCUAAACACCGAACAAAGAGAUCUUCUUUUUUCUCUACUGGUGUGAAGGUUUGUCCUCAAGAAUCAGUGAAGCAAAUUUUAGCUAGCCACCAAGCUUAUUAUAGGCUAAGAGUUUGCCAAGAAGCUGUCUGGGAAGCCUUCCGGAUCUUUUUGGACCGAAUUCCAGAUGCAACGGAGUAUCAGAACUGGGUUGCUGCCUGCCAGCGGGAAACUUUCUGCAUAUUCGACAUUGGGAAAAAUUUCAGUAAUUCUCAGGAGCAUCUGGAAAUUAUUCAGCGGCGAGUAAAACAUAGAACCUUCCAAGACAGGAAAGAAGAAAUUUCAACAGAGAAAACCAGUAGCAAAAAGUCUGACGAACUUCCUUCUUUUACACCAGCAGCACCUCCUGGCACCUUAGUCAAAGAGACUGCCAAUGAUACCAAGGUUCCUGUGAAGGACCUAAAGCCAGAGAUUCCAAACAGAGUGUCUGAAGUUCCUGGGGAGCAGAUGGUGGAGUUCAGCGUCACCCUCACCAACCAGGAAUAUACCCCAGAACUGAGUGAUCCUACAUCCCCUCAAUACCAGAAGCUAGCAGCCAAAUUUCAGCUUCAAAUGCAAAAGAUAUUUGAGAAACUUGCAGGUUUCAAGGAAAUACGAGUGUUAGGAUUUAGACAGAAGAAGGAAAAAGAUGGCUCAAGCAGUACUGUAGCACGGUAUGUUGUCAACUUUGGAAGAGAUGAAUCAGAAGUUAAAAGACCUGAGGAUGACAUCUCAACAAUUGGUUCCAAUAAAAUUGAAAGUGAAAAAGAUCUUCUUAGCAAGGAAGGAGAGAUAACAGUGAUUAAGCCAAAAGUGACUGACCUUCAGCAGAUGGUUGCCAUAGCUCUGCAAGAAGACAAGUCACUUUCCAUGGACCUUGGAACGCUUCAGUUUGCUGAUGAACUGAAUAAGCCAUCUACUGAUGUAGACAAUGAUAUCAAAUCACAGGUAACUGAAGCCACAGCUGAAGCUGGGUUGACUUCUGAAGCACCACUGGUUUAUCCAAGUCCAGUAACAGCUACAGAAACUCUUAAUGAAAUUGAAGAUACAAAUCUUAUAAUAGACUACCCACUUCCCACAAUGCCAUUUAAUGUGCUGGAUAGUACUGGAAUACCUCCAAAGCCAGGAGAUUCUGAUUCACCUCCACCGGCAGAUCAAUCAGCCAGCAAUGAUUUAAGCCUAGGAUUCUCUGAGCUGCCAACUGAACAGUCAUUCACGUUUGCACUGUUUACUGCCGGAAUUGCUACCUUAAGUGAAGUUGAAAAGAUGAAAGGGGAGAUCUUCAGUACAGACUCACAGAUCUUCCCUGAGACAGACAUAAAGAUUACAGUGGAACUGGAAUCUUCAGGCGAUGACAUUUCAGCCACAUUGAGCACGAUGCCAAAUUUCAUAGAAUCUCUCAGUUUUCCUACCUCUCUUCCUGAAGAAGAUAUUUUGGUGCCCACAGACCAGAUUGUAUUAUUGCCAGAUGUAACUGCUGGUGGCCCCUCAAUUGUUAUUGAUGAAUCUUUUGAAGCAACAACCUCUUCAUGGGAAGCAACAGCUAUCCCAACUGGAUUUGAUUGGGGAGUGCAAGGUAUUGCCACAGACUCGGAUAUUAUUGACAUGAUGAGCCCAGGAACAACUGGGGAAAUGGAGGAUGGCAGCGGCUAUUAUGUAUUGCCAGCAACUCCCCCAGCUGAGACGACUCCAACUCCUUCACAGAAGUUUCUAACUACAAGUUCCAUGACAACUGCACCCAAAAGCAAGGAGCUGGUGGUGUUCUUUAGCUUGAGGGUAACCAACAUGCAUUUUUCUGAUGACCUCUUCAAUCGAAGUUCAGCAGAAUACAAAGCACUUGAACAGCAGUUCUUGCAACUGCUGCUUCCCUACCUUCAGUCCAACCUUACUGGAUUUAAGCAGCUGGAAAUAUUGAACUUCCGCAAUGGAAGCGUGAUUGUCAACAGCAAAAUGAAGUUUGCCAAGUCCGUGCCGUACAACAUCACAGAGGCCAUCCACUGCGUACUGGAAGACUUUUGUGAUGCUGCAGCUCAGCGCCUUAAUCUUGAAAUUGACAGUUAUUCACUUGAUAUUGAGCCAGCUGACCAAGCAGACCCUUGCAAGUUCAUGGCAUGUGAUGAAUUCUCACACUGCAUAAAGAAUGAGUGGACAAAAGAAGCGGAUUGUCUUUGUAAACCUGGUUACGUAAGAAAAGAUGGACAACCGUGCCGUAGUAUGUGUGAGAUUGAGCCAAAUCUGUGUAUUAAUGGUGGAAAGUGCGAAUUAGUUCCAGGAAGAGGUGCUGUCUGUAGAUGCCCAGUACUUAGAAACAGAAGAGAGCAUUGUGCAAAAUACGCUCCAGUACCUACCCGAUCCAUCAUUUCCAAAGCUGUGAUACUUGGCUCAUUAUGCUUCAUUUUUCUUCUCAUCACUUUAAUAAUUAAAUUACGACGAAAAUGCAAAAACAAGCUUAAUUUGGAAGAUUCUUCCCUCAGCCGAUGCAACACUGAGACUGCUGUAAGAAUCAAUCCUGUUUUUGAACAUGAUGAACCCAUCAGUAGCUUUUGCCACGGGCCAUGUAGUGUAAGUGCUUGUGUUAGUUCAUCAGAAAGCAUUGAUCAAGAAAUGUUACAAGAUCAUGAAAACCAAAGAGAGCAUGGAGGUAAAACGCAUGCAAAAACUCCUGUGUCCUCUUACUAGAGUUGUAACAUUGUCCUUGUUAACAAUCAGUUUUGUAAUUAUCAGCCGUUUUUGCCUUCAGCAUUCCAGAACUAAAAAUACUAAUCCUAUUGACACUAAUAAUCUACAGCAUCUCUGUAGCAGCUUCAUAGCAGAACAUUCAAUUAGUGAAGCUCAUCUGACAGCAUUUCUGCACAGUGAUGUCUGUUCUUGCUUGCUGGUGCCGGUGGAUUGUAUAACAAGCAACAAACACACUUACCCUUGUUUUCUGCUGUAGGCCACCAGAUACAAAACGACUGAGAAGUUAGUAUUUGAAGCCCUGAAUUCCUCCAACAGCCAGAUGGGGAAAAAGGUUUUCAGCAAGACACAUUCUUGCAUUUUUCGGGCACGCUAUUCAGGAUAAAUGAAGUUUUCAGGGAAGAGGAAAGCAACGGUGACAACUUCAGAAAACUAUCGUUUUCCAUAAAAAUGAAGCCACUAACCAAUGCUUUUAUUUUUGCUUACAACAAAAAUGGUGCACCUCAUUUUCCGCAGAACUGUCCAACUUCAUUCCAUAUCCUUUACCAUUCAUGAAUGCAGUGCUAAAUGUAUUUAAUAAAUGUACAGUGUUUAUAUGAUAUUUUUAUUACUUUUAAGCUUAGGGAUCAGUGCAGAUGUCUAUGAUGGAAAAGUUACUAUCAGUAGUAUUAUCUCCCAAACUGAAGGCAGUAAAGGCCCUGACACAUAUGCUAAUUAUUGAAGCAAUAGUAAUGUGAUAAUUAUUUAGAAAUACAAAUGCUGGUUAAUCUCGAUGAAGACAUUGGGAAAUUAUUUUAGGCUUUCAGUAGAGCUUUGAAGCUGCUUAGCAUUACAGCUGACUGUCAGGGUUUAACUUCCUAGCAUUCCCUCAUUAAACUAGCUGCAACUGUAUAUACACACCCACCAUUAUCAGUAAUGGUCACUCAAAUCAUAGCAUUUUUUUGCAUAGAAUAAACUGGAUUAUGGAAAUUAUAUAUGGCUGAGCUAUUGCUACUGCAGAUAACUGCAAGUACAGAACCACCAGACCACUCUCAUGGAGUACUUCAUGACAAUGAGUAACUCAGUGACAAGGAGGGGGGAAAGUUUGUGCUAAUGACCUGUAUUGAAAUGUUGGCCUCUCUGUGCAUUCAACUCUGCAUACCCCUAUUCUCAAUGCAACCAGUGGUUUCCCUCACAUAAGUCAAGUAGGUUAAUAUAUUUGAAGUGAGCUGGGGGUGGGUCUCACAACUCUCAUCUUCCAGCCCUUGCUAGAAGGCCUGCAGUUUAUACAGGAUUUCUACAGGGGAGAAUGCACAGUCCUAGCUUCAAAUAAUGAGCAUUACUCACAAGUAUCUUCUGCCCUCACUUGUACAGAUGCUUCAUAGCCACAGUUCACUUCAAACAGCCAUGCUUAGAAGCAUUUCUCACAGUUUGGUAUGCAGCAUGGCAGUCUCUUACCGAAAUUUAGCAUUGCUUAUUCCCUUACCAAACAGCAUUUUGCAACAAGGGAUCAAGUGCAUUUCUACUCUGGGUGUUAUUGUGGCACCCUGAACCAUCUCUUUCCUGUGCGCAUUUAGGUACUGGGUUGGACCUAAGCAUUCCUUAAAACAAAGCCAGUUUGUGGACAGUAUUUUUGCUACUUUCCCUUUCUCUUGGUAGCUUUCUGCCUCUCCACAAUUUCUGAAGAACCUUUAGUAUGCACUGUAGCAAAGAGAGUCUGCAAUGAAGAAAAAAGCUCUUCUGCAAAUUUGGUGGGUUUGUGUGUGGAAAGCUCAGAUAAAGCCUGUUAUCUAAGCAAUGAAAUAGAUUGCUUUCCACAUGGGAUUGCUGCUCAAGAGUCAAUAUGCGUAAGGCUGAGAUAAUCUUCAUCUAUUUUUCUAUGGUGUCAAGAAAAUAUACCUACCAUGCUUUACUUUUAUGCUUUGUAGAUACUGUGCUAGCAGUGAACACCUCUCCAAGUGUGAGUAAUCUCAAGGUUACAAUGCUGGCACAAUUAUUUAUGCAUAAAUGCAGAAGAUGUUGUCUUGAAACCACUUGUGGGGGGUGGGGGGGGAGCAGAACAGUGCAAAAAACAUGAAGCCAAGGUACUGUUUCACAGCCUAGGUAGCACUUAAGAUAUACAUCUGCAGAAGACCCAAACAUACAAUGGGCAUUACUGGGGGCUGUGUAAUUUAAGACUGCUCACUAUUUUCAUUUCAGAACCAUUUUUGUACAUCUUUGUUCAUGUCAAUUUCUACUAGUCAAGCAAUAAUUAUUUUUACAUGGUGGUUUUAAUAAUGAAACAUUUGUUCUUGACCAUAAUUUAUCAAAUCAAAUAUUAACUACCAAAUAUCAUGAGCAUGUUUUGUAUUUCAAUAAAAUUAUUUAACUGAAAAAUGUGUCCAGAAACUGUAUCUAUGGUAUUUGCCACAACAUGCUCCUUUGAAAUAACUGAACACUUUUUAAUUAAUGUAUUUCCAUUAUUUGUAGCCCACCUUUCUCUCUUGGACUGAAGGCGGGUUACACAGCGAGUCAAUAGAAUCAACAUUCAAAAAACAAGACAAUAGGAUUUGGGUUGCAGAAGCAACCAGAAAUCUAAAAAUAGAACUGAAGCAGAACCUUGACACAUCAAAUGAUACAACAAUUACAUAAUAGGCUCUACAUAGCAGUAUAGAUCACAAGAAUUUAUCCAGGUAAUUUUAUGAACGAAUUUGUAGAAUGCACCCUAUUGCCUACAUAGAAAAGCCCUCUUGAAUCACUAUUUUGCAUAGUUUGUGGAAAUCCAGGAGAGUCAGAGGUUUGGUUUUGUCAUCUAUUAAAGGAGUAGUAAUAAAAAUGUUUCAUAAUCUUAACAUAUUAAAACCAUGUAAUUUAAAGAUUCUUCUAACUCAGUGGUAAUAAGUUAAAGUGAAGUUGCAGAUCUGUAAACAGAUUGCUUACUUUUCUAGCUUUCUAUAUGCUGGCUGGCUUUGUGGGUGGUGGUUACACUGGGG